AUGCAUUAUCAGGUCGAAGCCGUGGAGUGGAUGCUUGAUCAAAAGGUUAACCCUUACGAGAAGGACGAGAACGGCAAGAGGCGUACGCUUGAACUGAUCUGCGAGUCACAGUUACUCAAAGGCCACUACCCCAAGAAGCUCCAGGUGGCUGCCAGAUGGAGACAGAAGCGGCUUCGCACACCCAACAAGGACGUGCUGGCGCUCCGGGGCCGUAAAAUAUUCGACUCGGUGCUUACAGCCGGUGCCUCACACAAUCCAGGGCUAACUAGGGCUCUCCAGUGGACACCCGAUCAAGUGGAAGCCAAGCCGGUAGAAGCCAAGGGAUUUAUCUGCCAAGAAUUUUUGUCUCUCCUUCCCCGCAAAAUACUGCUCAAGGUGUUAUCGCAUCUCUCCCCAGUUGAUGGUGGCUGCAGCCUAGUCGCAACGUCGAGAUUCCUCUAUCACACCUUCAUCUUGGACCUGUAUAGAGAAGCGGGCAGGCAGCUGAGCUGGCUCCCUCUUUUUGUUGGCGCCAUGGACGGCAACCUUCUCACCCUUGAAGUCUGCCUCAAGGCCGGUGCGCCGAUAGAUCACCACUGGAAGGUCAACCGGCUGACAUCCCGGUGGCCGUUUUCUCGCGGCUCUCGACCCCUGCACGUUGCCAUAGACCAUGUUCAGGUUAGCUCCGUAAGAUGGCUCCUUGCCAAAGGGGCCAACGCCGUGUCGACCCCAGGGGACGAAAGACUACGGCCGGAUUUUGUGGCUGCAUUCCAUGCCAUAAUACCUCCCUAUUUGGAUAAGAGACAGGUCCUGUGGUGGAGACAGAAGGACUUCACGGUACCGCAUCAGCAAACCUUAAAAAAAGAAUACCACGAGAUCUUGCAACUCUUGCCUGGUUAG